AUGAAGAAAACCUUAAUAACAUUCUUGUUGUUGAUGGUUGUGGUUAUCUCUACGAAAAUAGAAGCAUCAGAGCUUAGAACUCAAGGUAUAUUUAUAUAAAAUGUCAGGGAUGACCUACACUGAAGCAUAAAAUCUAGAUGUUUCUCAUUUAAAUUGUCACACUGAUUUUGAAUAUACAAUAGCAGAGUUGGCAAGAUGGGUUGAUAUUAUAGAUAAUAGAGAGCAAUUAAUCAAGGAUCUUGCAAUAAUCAAUUAAGUUAUAAGCAUAGUUGAAAAAGCUAAAGGUACAAUUUCUGUGAUUCACUCAACAAUGCUGGUGUCAAUCUAGAGUAAAGUGAGCCAAUCACUGAAAAGCAUAUUUACAUAAAACAAAUGGGCAGCUUGCAAAGUGGAAGAUGCUCUUGAAUACGUUGCUUAAUUGAAUGGAACCUAAAGUAUUCAUAAUUGAUGAUAAAUUAGCUAAUGAGGAGAAGAUUGCUUUAGCAAAUAAAAUCAUAGCCCAUUUGAGGUAGACUCAAGAACAAAUCCACUAAUACUUAAAUUAAUGCUAAUAUGCAAAACGUACUUAAGGAUUGAGGCAAAAGAUAAGUUAGCUUCAAACUUUAAAGAGAGUGUGUGACCAAGAAAUUAAAAAACCAACAAUAAUUAUAGAUAAUGACCCAGAUGAUGAAGUGAUAAAUUUCGAUGAGGAGCCAGAAGAAAUAGUUUAUUAUUAUUUUGAAGAGGAAGAUGUUGAAACUCCUCCUGAUCACAUCUAUCAUGAACCCCAACAUUAUACUUAUCCAACAUAUGAGGAUGAGAACAAAAAACCAUAAAGAAAAUAAGUUAAGAAGUUGGUGCCUAAAGAAAUAGUUGAUGAAAUUAAAGGAAAUAAAAGAUAUGUAGCAUUGGGUCAUGAAAUUGAAGGAGAAGCUAAGGAGAAUGCCGAUGAUUUAUAAAAUAAAUAAUAAGAGGUAGUGUCUACAGCUAAAGUAAGUAAAAUGGAAGGAUUAAAUAAUGAUGAAGAUUAGAGUGAAAAAAAAGAUGAUGAUUAGGAAAAAGGUUAAGGAGAAGAAGAACAUAAAGAAGAAACUAAUGGAAACGAAACUAAAGAAAAUACUGGAUCUGAAUAAUAAUAAUCGGAAUAAUAAUCUGAAUAAUAAGAAUAAAAAUAGGAAUAAUAAGAAUAAAAAUAGGAAUAAUAAUAAUAAGAAUAAACUGAUUAAUAGGAAUAAUCUGAAUAAUAGGAAUAAUCUGAUUAAUAGAAAUAAUCUGAUUAAUAGGAAUAAUAAUCCCAAGAAUAAACAGAAUAAACAGAGUAAUAAGAAUAAACAGAAUAAACAGAGUAAUAACAGGAAUAAACAGAAAAAAAAUAAGAAUAAAAGGAAUAAAAAGAAUAAACAGAAUAAGAGUAAACAGAGUAAGAGUAAACAGAAUAAGAGUAAACAGAAUAAGAGUAAACAGAAUAACAAUAAACAGAAUAACAAUAAACAGAGUAAGAAUAAACAGAAUAACAAUAAGAAUAAAAGGAAUAAGAAUAAGAAUAAAAGGAAAAACAAUAACAAUAAACAGAAUAACAAUAAGAAUAAUAAGAAUAAUAGGAAGAAUAAGAAUAAAUCAUUGUUGAAACUCAUGAUUAACCCUUAACAGAAGUAGAGCCAGAAACAAAAGAAAACGUGAUUGUUGAGGAAUCUAAAAAUGGAACUACUGAUGAUGAGGGUGACACAACUGAAGUUAAAAUAACAACAGUAAAUAAGACUGAACAAGCCGAUAAUGAAAGCGAUGAAACAAAAGAUACAGAUUAUAAAGAACCUUAGGAAAUUGAAACCUAGGAAUCCACCGAAGAAUCUAAAUAAGAAUAAACAUAGGAAUAGAAAACAGAAGAAUCUUCAGAGACAACAACAAGUGAAAACUCAGAGACAAUUACAUAAGAAACAACAAGUGAAAACUCAGAGACUGUUACAUAAGAAACAUAAUCAGAAACACAGGUAGAAGAUACUACAGAGGAAACAUAAGAUUAAAAGUCAUCAUCAGACAGUGAUCACGAAACAACAGAAACUUAAGAAGAUAUAGUUGUUGAUAAUUAAUCUAAAGGUUAAGAUGAUGAAAAAGAUGUUUAAAUUGGAUCAAAAGUUGAACAUUAAAAUGAUGAUUAAAAAUAAGAAGAUGGUGUGAUAGAUCAUAGUGAAUAAAAAGAAUAAGGUGAAGAAGGAGACCAUACAGUAAAAAGCGAACAUUAAUAAGAAAGUGAAUAAAGAGAAGAAGGUGAAGAAACGGAAGAAAAAGAAAAAAGCUAGCAUAAAUAAGAAAACGAAGAAGAACAUGAAGAAUAAAAAUCAGAUAAAGAUCACAAAGAUGGCUCUAAGGAUUAGGAUGAUUAAAAGAAAACAAAAAAAUAAAAAUCUAGUGAUGAACGUUCAUUAAAAAUCUAAUCAUUAAGAGAAGAACCUAAUCCAAAUGAACCAACAUAGUUUUAACCACCAAAACAUAGAGCUAAUUCAGGUCGUGUUUAAGAAAGAAAGGUUGUGGCUGUAAAUACUAAAUAUCAAAACUCAGAAUUUGAUGGUGAACCUACAGAAUAAUUUGAGUUUAGUGAUAGAUCAUUGCUUCAGGAUUCUUCUGAAUAUGGUUAUGGUUAUUGGGUGAGAUAUGCAGAACAUGCAGUUAAGGAGCACACUAGAGAGGAUGGUGAAUACUAUUUCUUAUCAAGAAUGACUAUAAAUGAGGAAUAUGAAGAUUUUUCAUUUUAUGGAGACAGAGCUUUGGCAGUAUUCAUGUUUGACAAUUCCUUUGUAUUCAGUACAUACGAUACAAGUGAAAAAUUGAAGACUAAAGAUAAGGCAGUAGUUUUGAAUGAGAAUAUGGACAGUAUGUGGUAUUUCGUUAUGUUCUCCUACAGUAAUCCCUUAAGAAGAGCUGUGGGUUAUAUUGUUAGUUAUGGAGAAGGUAAUGGAAUCUAUAGAGUAGAAAUAGAGGCUACUCAUAUUCCCCCUUCUUAUGUCAAAAUUAUAUUUGGUGGUAAGCAUAUGGAUUAUAAUGGAUUGAAUGGACAAUUCGCCAAUAUCUUCUUUGACAUUGAUGCUCCAGCAUUUGUAGAUGGAGAGGAAGCAUUGGAUGAAAUUCUCAAGACUUUGAGUAAUCCUCCUUAGAGUGUUCCUGCUAUGAUAGAUGAAACUAUUGUUCAGAAACCUAAACAUUUGAAUGGAAAUGAUAAAGGUGAAUAGUACCACUUUGAUCCAUAAGAAUCUUAAUUGAUUAUAGAGGAAUAUGCCGUUGGAUUAUGGUUUAGAUGGAUCGAUGACUUAAAAGUGGAUGAACCAAAUACAUUUUAGAUAAUUAAUUUGAGAUCAAACAAAGUCAAAACUGCAGGAAAAGGAGUUUUAGGUGAUAGAGCAUUAGAAAUACAUCAUACAUAUGGUGGUGGUGCCAAGAGUACAGUCUACUUCAAUACUUAUACAACCAAGGGUAAUAGAGCAAAGGGAUAACCCUACUUAUCAAAGACAGUAGAAAGUGUUGAGUUCAUUUGGACUUAUGUUUACUUUGGAUAUGAUAAUGAUGGAGGACGUGCCUAUGGAGCAGUGAUUAAACCAGGAUUGGUAGGAGAAGUUAAAUUCGAAGGCAUCCAGCACAGAUUGGUUAACAGUUUGAGUGUUACUUUAGGCGGUGAUGAUGUCAUAUCUCCAUUCAACGGUAUGAUUGGAUAUGUUGGUGUUUAUCUUGGAACAGGAGCAUACAGAGAAGGUUUAGAAUUUGAGAUGACAUUCAAUUAUGGCGAAGGAGUGAUGGGAGUGUAUUAAGUGGGUAAGCCCAUCACUUACAUAGCUGGAGAUGCUAAUUAAGCUAGAGAUGUAGCAUAUGAUGCUCCAGAAAAUGUUGUGGAUAAAAUUAUCAUUCAUAAUGAGGAAGGAAUGAGAAUCAACGGAUAAAGUGAAUAUGGUUUUGGAUUAUGGACUAGAUGGUUGAGUACAUUGCCGAAAUAUUUGAAUAAGAGAGCACCAAUACACACUAUUGCUAGAAUGGGUACUCAAGGCUAUGUUAUUGAAUCUAUUGAUGGUAAAUUAGUUAGAUCUAAUGCCAACAGACCAAGUACUCCUAAAGAUAAUACCUUGUCAAUAUCUUUGACUCCAGAUUCUUAUGAAUUCUAGACAUUGGAAUUGAAAGAUGAUAUUGAGUUUUCAUCAUUAGAAGGUCAUUGGAAUUAUGUUUACUUUGGAUAUAUUAGACAUGAAAAUUAGGGAUUGGCCAAAGGAUACGUUCAAUUUGGUGUUGAUGGUGAAGUGGAUGAAGUUAUCUUUGACACUUUCCAUGAUUAUUUACUUGAGUACGUUGAAUUCAUUGUUGGCAAAACAUCAGCUCCAUUAUUCAAUGGUGAAAUGGCAAGAAUAUCAUUUUCAUUUGGACCUGGAUCCUUCAUCCCCACCAUGGAUACAUUAAGAAUCUUUACUUAGAAUACUCUACCAGAGAAGGCACAGAUUCAUCCAGUAGCCAGAUAAACCUUACAAUUAGUAGGAGCACCUCAAUAGCUUAAGGAGGAGCCAAUCCAAUAUGAAUUCGACAAGUUUUAAGGAGCAGAAGAGUAUGCUAUAUCUGGAUGGGUUAAAUGGAAUGGUCCAUUGGUUACUGGCAAGGUGUCACAUCUAAUAACAAUGGCUUAAAAGAGAUUGGAGGAUUUGGAUGGUAAGAAUGAAGAGACCUUACAAAUAAUCAGAGGAGAUCAAGCCUUCUCUUUCAUCACUUAUAAUCAAAAUGAAGGCGAAUACAAAUUAGCUACUUAAGAUGAAGCUUAUGGAGAGUAUGCUGAUUAAUGGACCUACAUUUAUUAUGGGUUUUCCUAAUAGAAACAGUAGACUUAUGGUUAUUUGAGAUACACAUUUACAGAGAGCGAAUUUAAAUAGGAAAAGGUGAAUCAUUUUUAUUUGGCAGUGUUCUCUGUAUUGAUCUAAGAGAAAUAACAAUACACUUAAUUUAUUGGUCAAAUUAAAACAUGGGUUAUUAAUAUUGGAGAUGGAUCAUUCAGAGAGGGAGGAUUUGAUGAAAAUGAAAAUAUUAAAGUUCAUUUCGGAUUCAUCAGUGGAACAGAUCAUAUCAAAUUACAAUAGGCAGGACAAGAAGCACAUCAUGAAGAGACUAUUUUAGAAUGUUCAUCAUAAAGUGAUGAAGUACCUUUACAUAUUGAAUUCGAAUAAAGUGAUAAAUUGCACUUGCAUGGUGUCAGUGAAUAUGGUUAUGGUUAUUGGGUUAAAUUCCAAUAUUUUGCAAGCAAGAAUACUAUAUAUAGCAGACCAGAAUUAAUGGGAUUGAGCAGACUCACCAGUAAUAAAGAUUACAAAGAUUUUGAUCAUCCAGGAGACAGAGUUCUAUUGGUUUUAUUAGGAAAACAAUCCUAUCAUUUUGGAACAUAUGAUGUCAUCACUAAAUCAAACAAUGUGGCUGGAGAUAUCCCUUAUCAUGUUGACUCUGAAAGUGAAUGGACAUAUAUUUAUUUCAGCUUUAAGAGAAUCUCUUAAACCUAAGGACAUGCCAUGGCAUUCACUCAUUAUCAAGAUACAACAUCAGGCAUUCAAAUGGAUGUUAUGCACUCAUUAUUAAAUAACUAUUUGUAAUUGACUGUUGGUAAUGCAGGAAAAUAUUAUACAAAUUUCAAUGGGCAAAUAACCACAAUCAGGUUCAAUCUUGGUCCAGGUGCUUAUAUCGAUAACAAAUAGGGUUUACUCUAAAGAAUUAAGAAUAAGGAUGUUAUGCCUGAUAUCUUGGCUCCAACCAAAAAGUAUGAGGUUUUGAUUGGAAAACAUGAUGUUACUAAGAUAGAAGAGGAUCAACAUAUUACACACAUAAGUGAAGAGGCCAGAGAAUAUGGAAUUCAAUUAUGGUUCAGAUGGUUCAAAUUGCCAGUUAAGACUCAAUAGUUGAUAUACAGAUUCACUUCUUCAAAUCCUGAUUCGUUGGGUGAUGCAUAAAAAAUAGGAGACAGAACUCUGGCUCUAUUCCAUACAGAUGGUAUAGAAUUCAGUACUUACAACUUAAAUCCUCUGUCUUUGUAGAACACAUACGAAGCUAAAAUCCCAUAAUAAUAAUUGGAAAUUUGGACAUUUGUAUAUUUUGGUUAUUCCAAACAUCACUAGAAGGUUAGUUACUAUUUAUUGGCUGAUGAUGAUGAACACAAAGGAUUAGAACAGGCUUUACAUGUUGUUUCUAAUAACUACUGGUUAUUCUUAGUUAAGGAUGCCAUGACAAAACCAUUCGAUAGUAGAUUGGCCCAAGUUAUUUUGAAUAUUGGAGAUGGCAGUUAUAGAGAAGAUAACUUCAACACUCUUCAAGUCUAUUUGGCAGCACCUAAAUUAUUUAGUACUGACAGUAAAUUUGAUUGGGAAGCUGAUGAUACCAUAACAUUGGUUUCAGGUGAUCCAGAGAAAUAAGGAUUGAAGAUUACAUUCUCUGAACCUGAUAGAAAGAUAGAGAGUGUUUAGGAAUAUUCAGUUGGUUUAUGGACUAGAUUCUUGUAAGCAUGGCCAGAGAGGUAAUGGCAUACUCCAUCUGAAAUGUAGAUCGUAAGAUUAACUUAUAAUGAUGAAGUCGAUCAUGGUAAAAUUGCUAUUGGAGAUAGAAUAUUAAAUGCCAUGGUUGUCCUAGACAAUUACUAAUUUGGUUCAUAUGACUUGAAUGAUGAUGCUCCUAAUGAAAUCAGCACCAUUCCUUAUACUCAUUUGGAAGGAAGAUGGCAUUACAUAUAUCUCGGUUAUAAGAGACAAUUAUAAUUAGCUAACUAUUUUGUAUUUGAUGGGGAGGAAAUUAAACAUGCCACAAAUGAGAAUCUAUUACACAAACCACUUGGAGAUUACAUUCAUUUGAUUUUGGGAGGAGAGAAGGAUGUUGCUCCAUUUUAAGGAUUAUUCACUGAGGUUGCUGCUCAUUUUGGAGUUGGAUCAUUCAUAUCAUCAGGUGAAGAUUUGAUGAAAUCAAUUGAUACUAGUUUUGCUUUACCUUAAGAAUUAACAGUUGAUUAUAUUCAUAAACAAAAACAUGGUUAACAAUAGUUGAUUGGUGAAAGUGAUAAUAAUGAAGGUAGUGAAAGUACUGGUGACACUUGGAGUGGAGUAGGAGAAUAUGCUAUUUCUGGUUGGUUUAAGAUUGCAGAAACUUAAGUGAAGAAAGAAGGAGAGAUAAAUUCCCCUUGUUAAAUAUUAUUCAGAAUUACUAACAAUGAUAAAGAACAUUUAAGUGAUCGUAAAUCAUAAGGAGAUAGAGCAUUACAUGCUUAAAUAUGUACAAGUGACACUGUUAAAUUGAGUACAUAUACUUUGAAAGGAUUAAAGGAUUGGAAUGAAGCUAAAUUCUUAGAGGAAAAAGUUGAACUUGGAAACUCAAAGAAGGCAUGGGCAUAUUUAUAUAUGGCUUACAAUGAAAAUGCUGGUGAGGUUUAAACUUUAUUACACUUGUUUGAAGAAGAUAAACCAAUUAUUUUCAAAGGAGUUCAACACUUUGUUCCACAUUUCAUAGGAAUCUAUGUAGGUAAGGAUCCUCAUAGUAGAAGGUUUUAAGGAGAGUUGUAGAAGUGGGUAGCUUAAUAUGGGUAAGGAGCAUUUGUUGAUGUAAUGAAGAAAGGCUAUGAAGAUACUCUACCUAACUUUAGACAUAUUCAAAUUAAUUAAAAAUAUCUGUGGUUUGAAAAAGAAGAUAGAAUUAUUUAAACACCUGAAAAGGUUGAAUAAACAUUCACAUCCGAAACUGAAUCAGUUGAUGAAUAUGCAGUUGGUGUUUGGACUAGAUGGUUGAUAGCAUUCCCUACUACUCUGACUGAUAGAGCAGAUGUCCACACUAUUUUCAGAUUCUCAAGUACUCGUCAAUAUUAGGAUAAGAGUGAAUUAGGUAAUAGAGUAUUGUCAGCCUUCUUAACAAAAGGCAAUUAUGAAUUCAGUACGUAUGAUGUAUCCAAGCCUACAAAUGCAGUUGAUGCUAAAUUGCCAUAUGAUACCAUUGAAGGUGAAUGGACUUAUGUCUAUGCUGCCUAUAAGAAUAAGAAUUUCUAUGGUAUGGUCUUAUUUAAGGAUCAAUAAAAGGCAGCCCAUCUAAAUAUUGAGGUUACUCAUCAAGUGUUAACUGGUUAUGCUCAUUUUGUCUUAGGAGCUAAUGAAUUUGGAUAUAAAGCAUUCCACGGCUGGUUCUAUGAUCCAAGAAUAUUCUUGGGCGCUGGAAGUUAUAUAAGUGAAUCCCAAAAGGUUGUAGAGAUGAUUCAUAAAUUACACAGGAAAUUACCAGUUACACCUUAAUAGGCAGAAGAUUUCAAAUGGCCAGUCUCAUUGUUGGAUACAACCAAUCAGGAUGACCUUGAUUCUAAGAAGGACUAAUUGAAUUUUGAAUUCACAGACAAAGCAGAAAUGUAAUCUUACAGCAUUGGGUUCUGGUUCCAAAAUGCCGUUUUGCUCCCAGAAAUGGAAAAUGAAUACACUGGUUUAGUUCGUUUAACUACAAAUGGACCUGAUCUUGCUGCAGAUGAUAAGUUCAUUGGAGAUAGAACCUUAGCAUUCUUCACAAAAACCGAUAAGUUGAUGGCUAGUACCUAUACAAUAAAAGAUCCAUCAUUUGAGCCAUUGUCUCAUACCUUUGAUAUCAAAGAGCUCUAGUGGACUUUCGUGUACUUUGGAUAUGAGAAUCAUCAUGCUAGAGCUUAUGUACUUACUCCUAAAGGGCCAACUGAAAAGAUUUUCGUAGCUUAGCAUAUUGUUCCUAACGCAUUCUACUUACGAGUAGUAAAUGAUAUUGGACAUCCAUCUUUUUGGGUAACUUAUUCUUCGAAUCAUUUAGGGAAAAAUCUAUGGAUUGAAGGCCAACUUUGGUGAGGGUAGCUAUCUUGAGAAUCCCUUGGAGUUAAUAGAUAAAUGGCCUUAUGAUUCAAAGAAGCAUUCUGAUAUUGAUAAAUCAGGAGAAAAAGUCUUAUGUAUUUUAUUGAAAUAUAAAAUAGCUAUUAAUUCUGCCAAAGUUACAAAAUAAAAGAAUGAUGAUGCUAGUGAAUGA